CGCGUAAGGAUGAAUUGUCGUUGGUUGGCAAUCCAUUGCGCGUCUGACGGAAUAGUGAAUCUGUCAUGCCUGAAACGGAUUCCGGGUCAGACGGCUUAUGUAUCACAAGUUUGAUCUUCGUCAUCCAUAUGCCGGUUUCGGGGCCCAGGACAGCAGUAAUGUCAACGCGCGCCUCCGGAAAAUCAUGAUGGAACUUUCACAGCGACCACGUAUCUGACUCGGCUCUGAUCCAUCCCUUUCUUUAUUCCCAGCGCUGACUUCCUCGCAGCUAUGCUUGGCAAGCUCACGUCCUUCAGCAUCGAGGACCUUUUCUCUCAGAAACGACCGCCAGGGCCUCCCAGGACCAUUUUCGUCAAUCAGCCGCUCUCCGCAGACUAUAUCGACCACAAAGGAAGAGUCAAGCCCGACCAUGUGUAUAGCAGCAACCAGGUCAUCACAUCCAAAUACACGGUUCUCACCUUCUUGCCACGAAAUCUAAUGGAGCAGUUUAGGCGAAUUGCGAACCUGUUCUUCCUUGGGCUUGCCAUUCUCCAAUUUUUUCCAAAGUUCUCCACAAUAUCCCCGGGCGUCGUCAUUCUGCCCUUGAUCAUCAUCCUCGCGCUCACCGCUGCAAAGGACGGGUACGAGGAUAUCAAGCGCCACCAAUCAGACAAGGCCGUCAAUCAGAGCACCGUCAAGGUCCUCUCCGGCGGAGGUUGGCACAAUCCGAAUGCGAUGAACUCCAAGAGCAAGACUUUUGUCCGAGGUCUCCUUCCUAGCAAACGACAACCUACUCCGGCUCAGAUCGCAGCCGGCAACGCGGGAUCCAAGAAACAUUCGCCCAACGAUGACUUUGAUGUCGAGUUCGAUUAUGAUAACCCACAAGCCGGCGGUCCAUGUUGGAAGAAUACCCCGUGGGAGGACGUUCGUGUCGGAGACUUUGUCAAGCUCUCGGACAACCAUCCUUUUCCUGCGGAUAUUCUUAUCUGUGCGACGUCGGAUGACGAAAACGAAGCUUUCGUGGAAACGAAAAACUUGGAUGGGGAAACCAAUCUCAAGUCCCGGAAUGCCGUUCCCGCUCUGACCCACCUGCGUGAUGCCUAUUCCUGUUCACGGACACGUCCUUUCAAAGUACAGUGCGAUCGCCCAGAAAAUAACAUGUAUCGCCUCAAUGCCAUGGUUUCUCUGGACGACCAGCAGGCACCUGUGGAUAUCCCGAUGACUCUGUUGCGUGGAACUGUGCUACGGAAUACAGACUGGGUCAUCGGGCUCGUGUUGUUCACUGGUCAGGAUUCCAAGAUUGUCAUGAACUCUGGUAGCGCCCCUAGCAAGCGAAGCAGAGUUGAGAGGAAGAUGAACCCUCAAGUGCUUAUCAAUCUUGCCAUUCUUGCUGGCCUUUCCACCAUCUGUGCUAUUGUUGAUUCCGCGCUAGAGAAGCAUUAUUAUCCUAUGGGAGCACCGUGGCUAUACGACGACAACCAAAGCGACGACAAUCCGUCCAUUAAUGGUCUGGUUACUUGGGCGUAUGCCUUACUGACUUUCCAAGAUAUUGUUCCCAUAUCGUUGUAUAUCUCUAUCGAAGUGGUACGGACACUACAGUCCGCUUUCAUCUACUUCGAUAAAGACAUAUGGUACGAGAAGACUAAUCAAGCUACCUUGGCUCGCAGUUGGAAUCUAUCUGAUGAUCUUGGUCAAAUACAAUACAUCUUCUCUGACAAGACAGGGACUCUAACACAGAAUUCGAUGGUCUUUCGUCAGUGCUCAAUUGGAGGGAAACCAUACAAGGGAGAUCCGGAGAGCGGUGACCCCGAAGAAGACUCUAUAUACGAACUCAAACAAAAAGCGCAAACGGAUGCUUUCGUAUCGGCUUCCACAUCUGUUCUUGGUCAGUCUGCAAAGGACGGCGGGCAUCGUUUCAGGGAUGUCAUCCUCGAGGCCGAUAUCGAGGCCGCUAUCUCCGAAGAUGCCCCGCCUGAAAGCCAGGCUCACGCUCGUGCAUUGAACGGCUUUUUCAGUGUGUUGGCGCUAUGCCAUACCGUGCUUACCUCUGUUGAUCCUGUGACCGGGCGAAUCGAGUACAAGGCCCAAUCUCCAGAUGAAGCCGCUCUUGUCCAGUCCGCUGCCGAUAUGGGUUACGUCUUCUUGGGACGUGAUAAGGAGACGUUAUCAAUGCGAAGCCCGGGAUCAGAUGAACCUGAACGGUACGAACUGCUGAAUAUCUUGGAAUUUACCAGUGCGAGGAAGAGGAUGAGCGUCGUCUUGAGGAAGCUAGAGAGCGACGAUGACCGGAUAUUCUUAAUGACUAAGGGCGCGGAUAACGUUAUCUUCGAGCGCUUAAAAGCGGGAGGUGAUGAUCUUAAGGCGGAGACGGAACGUCAUUUGAACGAGUUUGCAAACGAAGGACUGAGGACGCUUACCUUGGCUUACAAGGUCAUUUCUACUGAUGAGUAUAUAUACUGGAGCGAACGCUACCAUCAGGCGUCUGUUUCCAUGGACGACCGUGAAGCUAAAAUCGAGCAAGUCUCUGAGGAGUUAGAAAGGGACCUCCGUCUCUUAGGCGCUACUGCCAUUGAGGACCGUUUACAAGAUGGCGUACCCGAGACAAUUGCCGACCUCAAACGCGCCGGAAUCAAGAUAUGGGUUGCUACUGGUGACAAAAUGGAAACUGCCAUAGCCAUCGGACGAAGUACGAACCUCGUCGCGCCGGAUUCGAAUAUCAUUAUCGUACGGGGUGGCAGUUCUAAACCCGUCGAAGAACAGAUGAGGAACGCGAUGAAGCGCUUUUUCCCUGAAGUCACGGAUAUGACUCCCCAGGUAGAGCCAAUCCCGCGCGAAUCAAAGUCGUUCCAACUUGAUCGUGAUGAGAGACGCAACUCGAUUGUUGGUGAAGAUGUCGAUGAACUUCCUGGUGGUUUCGUUCUGGUUGUUGAUGGGGCUGCGUUGACUCAGGCCUUUGAUCAUGAUAGCAGUAGACAGCUGUUACUUCGGCUGGGAACCCUUUGCGAAGGCGUCAUCUGCUGUCGUGUAUCGCCUUUGCAAAAGGCUCUGAUCGUCCGCUUGGUGAAAGACAACUUGCAUGUCAUGACGCUCGCCAUUGGUGAUGGCGCCAAUGAUGUUAGCAUGAUUCAGGCUGCUGAUGUCGGUGUUGGUAUCUCCGGUGAAGAAGGCGUACAAGCUGUCAAUUCAUCGGAUUAUGCUAUUGGCCAGUUCCGUUUCUUGAAAAAGCUCUUAUUAGUACACGGACAUUGGUCGUUCGCUCGGAACGGGACCUUGAUUCUAACCUUCUUUUACAAAAACGUGGUACCGAUGGGAAUCAAAUUUUGGUUCCAGAUAUACUGCGGAUGGAGCGGCACAUUCGUGUUUGAUUAUGUGUAUAUCCUGUUCUGGAACUCGUUGUGGACUUUACUGGCCGUUGUCGGGAUAGGUCUCUUCGACCGCAUCUUAGAUUCCCAGGCCCUCAUGGAUUUGCCGGAGCUUUAUCAUUAUGGGCGCAGCAGUUAUUGGUUUUCCAUGCGGGAUUUCUAUGUGUAUAUUCUCGAUGGGAUGUACCAAUCCGUCAUCAUUUAUUUCCUCAUCACAUACGGGUAUUUCUCGCCCACGUCGCGGAGUGACGGCUAUGAUACGCAUCUUUAUGAGUACUCUACGACUAUGGCUGUUUCGGGCGUUAUGGUCGCGAAUAUAUUCACGGGGAUGGCGGCAUCCGCAUGGACUUGGUGGCUUGCAUUUGCAGUCUCUUUCGGAAUUGCCCUUGUCUGGGGCUUCACGUAUAUCUACUCGCUCAUUUCACCAGGCUAUGCAGUGACUAACCUCUAUGGAAAUUAUUACUUCCUCAGCGCCUCUGCAUACUUCUGGCUCGCCAUUCCUCUUACAAUGCUGCUGUCGUUGGCUCCUCGGUAUAUCGCAAAGGCAUGGAAAUUCGGAUUCCGCCCCGACGAUUUGGACAUCAUUCGCUGGGUACGAAAGAAGGACCCUUACCGGGACCUUACUCAUGAUUCCGAGACUCACCUCGGUAUCGGUAUGAGAGUGAUGAAAGAAAACCGAGGACGACCGACGUCGAUUAUGUCUCGACGAUCGUCGCGCGCAAGCAGCCUGAUGACCAUCAAUGAUCGAAUGUCCAUUGACAUUCGGGCGGCUAGUCGGACGGACAUGGCUACGGGUCUCGUGUCUGUGGAUCGAGGGUUUGACUUUGCGACUGAGGAGAACGGAGUGGCGAUGAGGAGAAUCCAGACUAAUUUGUCGGAACGAUGGCAAAAUAACCUCGGAGGGGUGCCUCCCGCUGAGGUGCCCGCUUCGAGGAAGGGCAAGCAGUCAUCGUCGUUCUCGAAUCCAUUCCGGCGCAGUAUUAAGAAGCUCUCUCUUAGGAAGAGCGGGUGAUUGGAGUUGGAGUGUGACUUCUUUUUUUUUUUUUUUUUGGUUUUGUUUAUCUGAACUAUUUAUUUUA